AUGUAUUCUCAGCAUGGUGCUUCCAUGGCACCACCGCAGAAACCAGAAACCUUCAUGCUCUCCAAUGAGGCACAGCAAAGCCUCCCACAGGAUGCACAGGUUGCCCUGCAACAAGUUGAUAAUUUAAAAUACUUUCUUAUAUCUGCACCAGUUGACUGGAGUCCAGAUCAACUCAUCAGACGAUUUUUGCUGCCCACAGGCGACUAUGUUUCCUGUGUUUUAUGGAAUAACCUCUUUCACAUUUCCGGAACGGAUAUCGUCCGCUGCUUAUCUUUCCGAUUCCAAGCCUUUGGCCGACCAGUGAAAAACACAAAAAAGUUCGAGGAGGGAAUCUUCUCUGAUCUUCGCAAUCUCAAAUCUGGCACUGAUGCCUCCCUCGAAGAACCCAAAAGCGCUUUUCUAGACUUUUUAUACAAGAACAACUGCAUCAGAACACAGAAGAAACAAAAGGUCUUCUACUGGUACAGCGUGCCCCAUGACAGACUCUUCCUCGAUGCCCUGGAACGGGAUUUGAAACGGGAAAAGAUGGGUCAGGAGGCAACCACUGUCGCUGUUAAUGAGCCAGCCUUGUCGUUUGAAUUUGACUCGUCGCAGAGUCUCUUUGAGCAACUUACGAAGGCGCAACAGGCGAAUUCUUCAUCUUUCUCUGCUCAUGCUAACACAGCGGCGGCUUACGCGACGCACUCUACGUCGCCCAUGGGUGGUGGUCGAGCUACUGAUUCCAUGCCACCACCCCAGAUCCCGCAACCAGCCAUGUCCGUUGGGCCGGAGGACAACGGCAGCAACAACCAGCAGGGCAUGUACCAUAAUUCCGUCUCCAUGUCCAACACCCAGAUCAUGAACAAUAACGCCGCCAUGAUCAAACCUGAACAAGAACUACAAUUUACCUAUGACCGUAACGGCCUACCCAUCUCCCGCAUUCACACUCGGCACACCUCCAUGCCAACUUUCAUGGAGUACUCGCCAGCACCCUCCUUCGUCUCAUCACACUACGACGAUUACCCAGGGGCAGCAGGUGCACGAGGCAUCUCCUUCGAACCAAUUACACCACCCCAACACCCGCUCCACAACCUGGGCCCCGGUCUCGGUGCGGAGUCUGCGUACAUCGCCAACGAAGACACGGGGUUGUACACUGCCAUCCCGGAUUUGGGAAGUAACCACUCUACCUCCUUCACAUCGGCGAUGAUGAUGCAACUUCCCCCGUCGAACUUUACUGUGACUGGUGCUGGGCCUGGUGCCGGUGCGGGCGGUCACUUCUCAACCGCGACCAGAAUGUUCCCAUCCGCGAAUGUCUAUAGUGUCAUUGAGGGUUCUCCUACUUAUAAGCAGCGGAGACGUAGAUCGUCGAUACCGCCCGCUAUCAGCAAUGCGAUCGCAACGGCUGUUACGGGGAAUGGUCAGACCCAAUCCCACUCGCAUGGUCAGGCACAUUCGUACACGCAUGCGCACGCUGUAUCCCGACCUAGCGACCUGCGCCGUUCAAUGUCCAGCUCCGUCGCGCCCGUGCCUGUCCUGGAGUCCGAGGAGUCGUCCUCUAGUCACGACUCGAACUCUCAUUCACCUCCUGGUCUGACGAAUAGCUACAUUUCCUCAUCUACUGUGAAUACGAAGGAUUUACUACAUGAGCUGUCGCGUACGGGUACGCCAUUGCCUAGUCUUGAGGAGAAUGUGCAGGAUGAUGAGGCUGGGUUGGUCGGGGUGAUGGGUGCUCACCACCAUAGCGACGGCCACAGUCAACAUGGCCCGCAGGGGCAGAACGAGGGGGAUAACGCUGUUGGUGUUGGAAGGCAGUGUGAUCGUCCUGGUCCUGUGCGCCGGGCGAGGAGCGCGACGAUGAUGGAGCUGGGUCCGUAUCCGCAGAAGUCACAUUCGUGUCCUAUUCCGUCGUGUGGGAGGUUGUUUAAGCGGUUGGAGCAUUUGAAGAGACAUGUGAGAACACAUACACAGGAACGCCCGUAUCCGUGUCCGUAUUGCAAUAGGGCCUUUUCGCGAUCGGAUAAUCUUGCGCAGCACCGCCGCAUCCACGAAAGCCAGCAACAGGGAGGUGGCCAGUCAUCGCUCCUAGCCAACUUCUCCGAUGAGGACCACGAGAAUGAAAAUGAAAACGAACAGGAGCAGGAUGAUUUCAGCUCCCCGUCCUCGGUGGAUCUAAAUGGCAACAGCAACAAUAACAAUAACCAUAGUCAGAACCAAAGCCAGAAUCCGAACAGCCAUAAUAACACCAGCAACCCCAACACCAGCAACGGGAGCGGGAGCGGGAACGGCAAUGGCAACGGCAACGGCAACGGCAACUACAUGGUCAACUUGUCCAAUGUAACCUCCAUGCCCAUGUCCAUGCCUUCUAUGUCCAUGAGCAUCCCGAUGCCGUCGAUGGUGAAUCCGCAGGUUAUUACGCCGCAGCUGUUGCAGCAGCAUAUUUAG